UAGCAUUUCCACUUCGUCCACCCACCCACACACCCAUGGCCUCCGUCCCCCAAAUCAAUACGACGGCGGCCACGCCGCCCGCUGGCUCCCCGAGCCGGCUGGAGGACGACCCCUUAGGAAGGAUGAGCGAGGAAGUUGGACUAGCGACGAUGAUGGAGGAGUUGCCCCCACCACCAACAAUACACGCUCUCGCGCAACAGGGUGACAUCGCUGGCCUCGAGGCGCUCCUCGCCGAGCACCCGGACACGGACCUCAGCGCGCGCGAUGCUCAAGACGUCUUUCCACUUCAUUGGGCGGCUAUCAACGCGCACGUCGCAGCAUGUCGCUGGCUCUUGGAUCAUGGAGCGGAUGUUGACGCUGUCGGCGGCGAGCUUAAGGCUACCCCGCUGCAGUGGGCCGCGCGGUGAGCUCAAUGGGGGGCGCGCUGAUCCCAGAAAUGGACACCUCUAUGUGAUGCACCUACUCCUGACACAUGGCGCCGACCCGAACAUACGCGACGGACAGGGAUUCAACACGCUGCAUCUAGUGACGCACAGUAGUGCAGUCAUGCCGCUGCUGUACAUGCUUCAGCAACCUGUCGCCGUCGACGAGGCCGACAGUGACGGACACACCGCGCUGAUGUGGGCUGCGUACCAGGGCGACGGACUCAGCGUAGAGCUUCUCCUCGCACACGGCGCUUCCGUGACGACUCGCGACCACGCUGGCCUCUCUCCCCUCCACUGGGCGGUAGUUAAAGGCUCGGUAGUGUGCAUCAAACACCUCCUGCUGGCCGGCGCGGAUUUCAAUGCGCGCGAGGAGCAGGGCAAGACGCCGCGGGAUAUGGCCGACGAGCUCAAGGCGUCUGCGCCGCUCAGUCGCGCGCUCCAGGACGCGAAUUUCAAUGAGUACGGCCAGCGCGUGCAAGCGAGCUUCAGUCCACGCGUCACCAUGGGCAUCAUCUUUGCGUUCCCCCUUGUCGUGCUGUCGAUUUCGUUCAGCGCAUUCGGCAUUCUCGAGUGGUACUUCGCCUGGCCGUUGUUCCUCGCCCUGUUUGCGGCAAUGCAGAUUACAACCGUCAAAGUUCUCCUCGCGGACAAGCCCAUGGCCGACCGUGUCGUGACGUCGCCAUACUUCGCGGCGAUCAUUAGCGCUUCCCUCGUAAUCGUGGCGUACGCGUGGCUUACCCGACUGGUCAUUGGCGCUCCGGGCCACCUCGUCAGCCAGGCGCUCUUCCUUGCCUCCCUCCUUGGGUGCGUCUUCACAUUCGUGAAAGCCAUUCGCACCGACCCCGGCUACGUCCCACGCGUCGAUGCGGAGGAGAUGAAGGAGCAGAUCGAAGAGCUCACCGACCAAGGUCGGCUCAACGGCACAAACUGGUGCAUCUUCUGCAUGGUGCGCAAGCCCCUCAGGUCCAAGCACUGCCGACAGUGCAACCGAUGUGUGGGGAGGUUUGACCACCAUUGCCCAUGGAUCUGGAACUGUGUCGGCUUCAACAAUCAUCGCUACUUCCUCCUCUUCGUUCUGACCCUCAUAAUGGGCGUUAUCUUUUUCGACCGGCUAGCGUACUUCUACAUUAUCGAGAACGCGCCACCCGCAACGCCCGGUGAGGGUCUCACGCUCUGCAACAUCUCCGAAACAAUGUGCCGAGGAGCGGCGCUUGACGGUUUCCUCCUCGCGUGCGCGGCCUGGGCUACGCUUCAGCUGAGCUGGACGUUCAUCCUCGGCUGCUCCCAGCUCUGGCAAGUCGCACGGCAGAUGAGCACAUAUGAGGUCUCCAACCUCGGCCGAUACGGGUACAUGGGCGGGCGUGGAGGCACUUCUCUGCGCGACCAGAGCGGGGCGGUGCGCGGCAGCACCGUCUUCGUGCCAAUGCCUGAUACCGAGGCUGACUUCUCGCACCUUCCGCCGCCCCCGGGUGGUGGAGGACAUCCUCACGCUCAUCAACACCAUCGGUGCGGUGCCCUUGGGCGCAUCUGCUCGGCCCUCGGCGCUGCAAUCACCGGUCCAGUCUUCCGACUCGUAGGCCUCGAUCAGUUUACCAAGGGCCGCGCUGUGAGCGGAAUGGCACGCGCCGGGCGCGAUCAAAACCCCUUCGACCUAGGCGUUGUCAAGAACUGCUCUGACUUCUGGUGCGGCGCUCCUGGCGUCGACUAUAUGCACCUGUACGAGGUGCCGCCCGAAGGGUGGCCCGCUUAUCGCCGCAAAUUGGCGGCGGGGGGCAGGGGGUAUGUGCCAGUUGCGCGCGAGGAGGUAUAGAGGGCGUAUGCAGGUUUUGAGGUCGCACUCACAAACUGUGCGGUCACCACAAG